UUGUAUUUCUUUGCUAUUUUGUGCUCUCCAAAUUCGAAAUUCUUGGACCGAAAUGUCAUUCAACUUUAGCGCCAUGCAGUACGAACGGGAUUUUCGCGCCAAGAGCGUCAGCAACUGGGAAUAUCCUCGCUUCUUUCCGCCCCGUCCACGUAACCUGCACAAGAACGCGAAGCCCAUUGCCGAUAAGAACGGACAUCUGUUGGCCACAGCAGCCCGGGACGGCAACUUCUUGGGCCAAUAUCGUGGCACAUAUCAUCUGCCGCUGAGGAUUACGCGCAGCUUUGCCGACUUGUACAAUCGGUGUUUGAGCGGACGACACAAGUACUGGAAGUAUCCUCGGGACCUGUGCUGCUGCCAGCGGGAGCGGCCGCAUCCUUGUGACUUUCGCCAGACUCUUGGCAUAAAAGGCGAUCCAUCCUGGCAGCAGCCAGCCGACUGCCAGACCAAGUGUGAGGGCCUCCAACAGAUGCUGGCCAUCAACGAGCUGCACAAGAAGUGCAAGCGUAUGAAGUGCCAGCCACAGCCCAAUGAGAAACAGAUUCGACGUGUGGGCGAGGCCUCCUCGAAAUACAGCAAGAAGCUGCGCAAGCGUCCUGUGACCGCCUUUGACUACAAUCGUCGCGGUACUCCCAUGCUGGAGCAGCCCCAGCAGGACCAGCCCACCGAUAAAACCAAGCCCACCAAGGUCACAGUACCAGUCCCAGCAGCAGCAUCAGCAGCUGCCAAGUCAACCGGCAAGUCAACAACUAAGGCCGCCCCGGCAACAUCCAAGUCAAAGCCCAAAUAAUUUGACACAUUUGCCCCAAUUUGAGGAACAAUAAAUUGCACUUCAAUAAACAUUCAUUUG